AUGGAGCGGGCUCCAAACCUGCUUCUCCUCUGCAUCUUCACAUUUGCCAUGGUCCUGGUGCCAGAAGCCAAAGACCAAAGCAAGGCAGCCAAAGGGAGGAGAAGAGGCCUGGCAUGGCCUCCCACAGCUGCCCCUGCCCUGGCCUGGACCCCAGACGACCCCUACACCCCCAUGGAGGACUACGAGCGCAGCAUCCAGGACAUGGUGCGCCAGCUGCGGAACAGCUCUGAGCCAGGCGACACCAAGUGCCAGGUCAACCUGCGGCUCUGGAGGUCUAACCGGAGGAGCCUGUCCCCCUGGGCCUACAGGCACGGCGGUGACCGUGGCUCCAGCAGCACGGAGCCACCCCCUGCAGCUCCCCGUGUCACCCCGCAGUGCAUAAACCACGACGCAACACGGAUCCCAGCAGACAUCCCCGAGGCCCGGUGCCUCUGCACCGGCUGCAUCAACCCCUUCACGAUGCAGGAGGACCGCACCAUGGCCAGCAUCCCCAUCUACAGCCGGCUGCCCGUCCGCCGGCUGCUCUGCCAGGUGCGGGGCGAGGUGGGGCACAAGCCCUCUGGGAAGAAGUGUCACAAGAAGUACCAGACGGUCAUGGAGACCAUCGCCGUGGGCUGCACCUGCAUCUUCUGA